AUGCCCUCACAUGUUCGGCGUAAUUGUCAUUCACCUAGCAGCGUCAUCUUUGAUGUCACUAACUAUAAGGCGAUUACCCAAGAAGGAUUAACUUUUUCGCUUAAGGAUGAUAUGAGCAUGUACGAGACCAGUGCCUUCGGAAUCAAUCCAAGAAUUCGUGUCCUCGCAAAGAAUACCACAAUACCGACAGUUCCGUUCCAGAGAUCGAGAUGCCUGAGGCUCCCUCACACCCUGGCUACGACGCACCUAGUAACACAACUUGAUUCUAAGAGUGCUCGUGUUGCCGCACAAGAGGUUGUGGUCAACGAACUCGCUGCGCAAGAAGCCGUGGCUAGAAAAAAUGUUGCCCAAAAUACUCAAAGAGCGAAUGCUGCGGCUCUAGCCACACAAAACAAAACGGAGGCUAUCCUCGCUGCCCUUGCUGCACAAAACUCUUCUCCUGUUGACUUCACCGGUAAUACAGCUCUCAAUUCUGAUAAUGAUAUCCGGUGUCGCAAUACAAUGCUUUCAUUGUUUCUCUUCUUUAGCAUUAUGACAGCGGAGAUCUUUCUCGUACACUUUUGCCCUUAUUGUCAGAACAAUAAAAGCACAUCGAAUACGUUGAGAAAGCAUUUAGAGAGCAUUCACACUCUAAAGUGCAAAUUCAAAAAUGAACGUCGUAAAUCAACAAAAGAAAUUACUUUUGUGACAAAUCAUACAAACAAGUCUCGAACUUGUCUUGGUUGCUGCUACUGUAAGAUGUAUUUUGACGAUGUAGCAGAAUCCCAAAAGCAUAUCGAAAACGGCCAUGUUAUAAUGACAACAGUCGUGAAUGUAAAUGCAACCAGUACGCCCGAUGUCAAUAAUACAAAAGUACGAGAGGAAUAG